UCGGGCGUGACGCUCUGUUGGCUGCUGCCCUGUAGGGAGAAGCCUUGAAUGUGCAGCAGCUCGAUUCUAAUUCACUUCUGUCGGACCGUCUGUGGCCAACAUGGAUGGAGAACCUUCUGCAGAGGUAAAGGCGUCAAGCUGCACCCCAGUCGUGUCAGAAAGCAGGGAAGGACCAACAGGAAGCAAAGAGGAUGAGGAGCUGUCGCUGAUCACCUGGAACAUAGAUGGACUGGAUGGAGAAGAGCAGCCAGCAAGAGCCAGAAGCCUCUGCUCAUAUCUUUUGUCAUACUCUGCUGAUGUGGUGCUUCUUCAAGAAAUGGUCCAGGCCUACAUGCGCUUCAUGCACAAACGUUUGGCUGAUACCUACACUUUCAUUGAAGGUGGACGGGAGGGUUAUUUCACCAUGAUACUGCUGAAGAAGUCACGACUCACACUGCUGGACAGUCAGAAUCUCUUCUUUCCAAACUCUCGCAUGAUGAGAAACCUGCUGGUUGCUCAGGUGCUGUUCAGAGGCCAGAAGCUGUGGCUGAUGACGUCUCACUUUGAGAGCUGUAAGGCCAACUCCGUAGAGAGGAUGAGGCAGCUGAGGGUCGUGAUGAAGAAGAUGAGCAAGGCUCCGGAUGACGUGACGGUUCUGUUUGGAGGGGACACCAACCUGAGAGACUACGAGGUGGCUACAGUUGGGAUUCCCAGCAACGUCUGCGACCUGUGGGAGCAACUGGGAGAGCCGGAGAAGUGCCGCUACACAUGGGACACCGUGGCAAACACUAACAAGGAAAUUCCGUUCAAGUGCCACUUCCGCUUCGACCGGGUGUAUCUACGACGGGCCACCCAGGACGGAAUCCCCCAGCUGGACCCCGACAACAUGCAAUUAAUCGGGCUGGAGAAGCUCAGGUGUGGCCUCUUCACCAGCGAUCACUGGGGGAUCUACUGCACCUUCUCUGUCAAGCAGAAAUAAAAACUCAAAGUAUUCAACUAAA